GGGGGGGCUGAGGAUGCCCAGCAAAGCGAAGGUCACAGCCACAGCCCACCUGUACCUGCACGGGGGAUGUAAUUCUGUACAUCCCCACCCAGGUCUGUAAUAAAUUUUCUCUCUGGUUGCUCCUGACUUCAUUAAAUGAACACUGGAGACCCUGAGAGGGAAGAGAAUAUUGAGAACUCGCUCCUUGCUGUCAGCAGCUCUGAUUUAUUUCAGCAUCUGGGGGCUGAGGUGUCCCCCCACUCACACUGGGCUCCCUCCAGCUCAUGUGUUCUUGCUGCAGGCCAUGCUCAGGAUGGGUGCCUUGGGAUCCCCUCACGCCAUUCCUCUCUGUUGUUUGUUUUUUUCCUUCCCCUCUCCAGGCUGAAAUCGUCAAGAGGCUCAAUGGGAUCUGUGCACAGGUUCUGCCCUACCUUUCACAGGAGCACCAGCAGCAAGUCCUGGGAGCCAUUGAACGAGCCAAGCAGGUGACGGCACCGGAGCUGAACUCCAUCAUCCGUCAGCAGCUCCAAGCCCACCAGCUCUCGCAGCUCCAAGCCCUGGCGCUGCCUCUGACUCCGCUGCCCGUGGGGCUGCAGCCCCCAUCCCUCCCCGCCGUCAGCGCCGGCUCCGGCCUCCUUUCGCUCUCGGCCUUGGGCUCCCAGGCUCACCUGGCCAAGGAGGACAAGAACGGCCACGACGGGGACGCCCACCAAGACGACGAUGGGGAGAAAUCAGAUUAGAGUGAAGGGGUCGGGGUUGCUGGGUGUGGGGGGACGUCCGUGCCAGACGCAGCAGCCGCAGGGCAGCAGCGCCCCAGGGCAGCGCCGUGGCAGCCGCUCUGUGCCCCCGGCUUCGUCCCGCUCCGUUCUGGGGGCGCUGCUCCCCUCGGUAUUUAACGACGACCCUCGGUCCUACAGGUUUCUGCACAACUCCCUGCCCCGACGACCCCCCCCCCAUCUCCCAAAUCUCCCCCCCCACCCCCCACCCCCUCUCGCCUCUCCGGCUCCUCGCUGUUCUGCAUGUCUCUGUUUUUAACCAGUCCCGCAGCAACCGCCGCAGUUCCACGUGUCCAGCCGGGUUUUCUCGGGCUGGGGGGGGGUCCUGCUGCCCGCCCCCCUUGGCAGAACACUGCUGGGGGGGCUGGGAGCUUGGGGGUGGCUGGGGGGCAUUCGGGUGCCUGGGAGCCCCCCGGUCCCCUCCCCACGCCCCCCUGUAGAGGAUACAGCAGCUUUCUCUGUUCUUAUCUCCGUGCGCUAGCGUGUCUUCAAAAAAAAAUAAUAAUACAAAAAAUGGAACGACGACGACGACGAAAGAAGAAUAAAACUAAAUAAUAAUCUGGUGUUUGUAUAUAGUCCUUUAGACAGAUCUCGUUUUGCUUUUUGUGUUUAAUCACUUGACCUAUAAUAAGAGGAACUGAAAAUGCUGUAUCAAGGACGUACAAGCUGUGCCUUUCAAAUAAAGAAAUAAGAAGGUUGGUUAA